AUGGCUUCUAAAGCUGCUUUUGAAACCGCGCCUAUCGAAUGGUCUGUAUGGGGCGAUCAAGUCGUUAACGGCCAACUCAACCCUGUCCUUCUCGAUAUAGCAAACCGCGGCUACUAUAUUCAAUCCGAAGUGUUGCAUAUAUCCGAACGAUAUGGCAUUUUUUCGCCUGGUCCACCUCGCCUCCAGGUUUACGAAGGCCAGGCAUCCGUUGUUGCCUAUUAUAUUGCACUUUAUAUGAUCGGCUUAGAGGAUCACAGGGUCGUUGAAAAAGUCGAUGCGGACGGCGUUGUCGGCGGAGAUGAAUUGAUGGACGGGGGCUCAGGCUCAGGCUAA